AUGCUCGCAGGUAUACGAUUUCUGUCAGUUACUGAAAAAAAGAAAGAACAUUUCUUCCUUUUUCGUUUCAUCUCGAUCUAUCUAUCUAUCUAUCUAUCUAUCUAUCUAUCUAUCUAUCUAUCACAGUCUGUUCUUUCUCUCUCUCUAUUUAUCUAUCACAGUCUGUUCCUUCUCUAUCUAUCUAUCUAUCUAUCUAUCUAUCUAUCUAUCUAUCUAUCUAUCUAUCUAUCACAGUCUGUUCCUUGUCUCUCUAUCUAUCUAUCACAGUCUGUUCAUUCUCUCUCUCUAUUUAUCUAUCUAUCACAAUUUGUCCCUUCUCUCUCUAUCUAUCUAUCACAGUAUGUUCCUUAUCUAUCUAUCUAUCUAUCUAUCUAUCUAUCUAUCUAUCUAUCUAUCAGUCUGUUCCUUCUCUCUCUCUCUCUCUCUCUCUCUCUCUCUCUCUCUCUCUAUCUAUCUAUCUAUCUAUCUAUCUAUCUAUCACAGUGUGUUCCUUUUCCCUCCCUCCCUCUCUCUCUCUCUCUAUCUAUCUAA